AUGCGUUUCAUUAGCAAACUAUCUAUCAUCGCUUUGGUCGCAACCUCGGCGGGUGUCAGUGAAGCCAAGCCUCUGAACCGGGUUCGUGAUUAUCCAGUUCACCCCAGUCAUGGAAGUGUGACCUCCAUAGUUGCGCGCACUGUAGCCGUUCAUCCUAUACCUGUUUCCUCCAGUUCCCAUACAAACACCACCCUGACUACAGCAACCUUCGGUCCUCCUGUUGUUACACAUUUAUUUCCAGUUGAUCACGUCUCGAGUAGUGCUUCCGAUGGUGAUCCCACUCCAGUCUCAAGUUCCUCACCAAGCACUGGCACCACGUCUCCAAUUCACCGCCCCUCAUUAACCACAGGUUUUUACCCGACCCAUUCUAGGGAGCCGGCAAAUAUAACAGGUGGUAGCAGCAAAGUUAUUACGGUCACUUACACCCUCGGAACUGGAGCUUCGACUUCUGUAGUUACUAGAACUGUUACCCAACCUAUUAGCGCUGUCGUCGCUACAGUUGAUCCAAUUAAUACUUCAGGAUCCGGCAAUGGCAAUUGCAACGGCAAUAACAAUUGCAAUACCAAUAAUCAUUGCAAUGGCAGCGGCAAUUGCAGUGGCAAUAACAAUGGCCAUGGCAAUGACAACGACAGUGGACAUGGCAAUGGACAUGACAGUGACAAUCAACAUAUUUCUGAUCCAACAACUUCUUUGUCAACAACUAUCACUCAAACCACUCUCAUAACAGUUAAUUCUCUUGCAGUCACUCCCAUGCCUGCUUCUAACAACCAUCAUGGCGAAUCCAGCAAUGGCAAUGGCAAUGGCAAUGGCAAUUGCAACGGCAAUAACAAUUGCAAUACCAAUAAUCAUUGCAAUGGCAGCGGCAAUUGCAGUGGCAAUAACAAUGGACAUGGCAAUGGACAUGGCAGAGACAAUCAACAUAUUUCUGAUCCGACAACUACUUUGUCAACAACUAUCACUCAAACCACUCUCAUAACAGUUAAUUCUCUUGCAGUCACUCCCAUGCCUGCUUCUGACAACCAUCAUGGCGAAUCCGGCAAUGGCAAUGGCAAUGGAAGUGGAAGUGGAAAUCGGAAUGGGAAUGGCAAUGGAAAUGGAAAUGGCAAUGGAAAUGGAAAUGGAAAUGGAAAUGGAAAUGGAAAUGGAAAUGGAAAUGGAAAUGGAAAUGGAAAUGGCAAUGGCAGUGGAAGUGGCAAUGGAAGUGGAAGUGGAAAUGGCAAUGGAAAUGGCAAUGGAAAUGGCAAUGGAAAUGGAAAUGGCAAUGGCAAUGGAAAUGGCAAUGGAAAUGGAAAUGGAAAUGGCAGUGGAAAUGGCAACGGAAAUAGCAGCGGAAAUGGCAGCGGAAAUGGCAGUGGAAAUGGCAGCGGAAAUGGCAGCGGAAAUGGCAGUGGAAGUGGCAGUGGAAGUGGCAGCGGAAAUGGCAGUGGAAGUGGAAGUGGAAGUGGCAAUGGUAGUGGAAAUCGGAAUGUGAAUGGCAGUGGAAAUGGCAGUGGAAAUGGCAGUGGAAAUGGCAGCGGAAAUGGCAGUGGAAAUGGCAGUGGUAGUGGAAAUCGGAAUGGGAAUGGCAGUGGAAAUGGAAAUGGAAGUGGAAGUGGAAGUGGAAAUGGCAAUGGAAAUGGAAAUGGAAAUGGCAGUGGAAAUGGCGGUAUGAAUGGUAACUGUGAACACAUUACUGUAACAACUACCCGUUACAGUACUGUCACGGUGACUGCUUCAAUCGGUGUUGAGUCAACCAGCACUGUUCUAGCCAGUGCUACUGCUCCCGCUGAUCCAGUUCUCAACAACCCAUCGCAAACCGACCCUGCUGUGAACCCGACCACCACUUGCACAACUUCAUCAGCGACUGCUCUCCCAAUCCGAUUCCCUGGUUCACGUAUUGCAGGAAUUAACGUCACCACAACGAUCGAGCCUCAAUACCCUACUGCAUCUUCCGGAUUCCACACGAGAAUUCAACCCUUUCCAACUGGUGGUUACCGCUUUAAGUAG